GCCAGCCCGGACGCCGUAGCUCGUCAUUCAUGUUGCUUGGAGAAGGCAGACGUGUAUAUAGCAGUCGGUCGGUGCGGAAAUACAUUGCGGACGGUGUGGAGAGCAUAUUCUAUGGCCAUGGAGGUGGAGAAUCCGAUGUGUGGUAGACUCCAGGGUCCGGGGCCGGGAGGUGGCCAGGUGGGAAUGCAUUCCCUGGAUCAGCUGGCAUGGAGUUCUUCACUGUUUGAUGAAUUGAACGGCUUAGUUGAUGUUGAUGACGAUUUAUUUCAAGAUGGCGAAUGCAAUAUCUUUGCGGACAAUUUUGAUAAUUUGGACUUUACUACAGACCUAAUGUCUUGGAAUUCUCAGCAACUGAAUGAGCAAUGCUUUACAGAAGAUUGGAACAAUCCGGAUCCCUUGUCUUGUGCAUCUUCCAGCUGUUCUGUUCAGUCUCCUCUGUCUAUUGAUUCACCAUCCUCUUCAUCACAGUUUGUGCCGGAAGAGAUUGAUAUUUCCUCCAGUGUUCAGAUGUCUCCAGUCUCCUUAUACUCUGAAGCUUCAAUAAGUCCCAGUUCACCAGAACAGUCUGACGAGAAUCUUGUAGUCACAACACCCACCAAAACGGUUCUAAAGGCAACAAUUCAAGUAGAACAAAAUCUCUCAAGUGCAAAGAUCAAUACAAAUGGCAAAACACCAGUAAAGAAGAGAAAACUUCCACCUGUGGUGCCAAAGACAGCGAUUCAGCCAAAAGCCAUUCUGAUUCCUAACACUGCAAAUAUCCAGCCUGCCUCAGGAAGCACUGCUAAAACCAUUAUAUUUCAGCCGCUUGCAGCACUGCUACAAAAACAGUCUCUGAUUGCCAUUCAGCCAGCACGACCAGCCGGUAAGCAGAGAUUUGGACAACAAGUUGUACUUGCCCCGUCUACAGUUGUUCAGCUCCCUACAUCUGGGAUUGUUGCAGGACAACCUGUCUUGGCUGUGAAUGGAGGAGCAGCACCAUCUGUAAAUAUCCUGUCACACAUUGGACUUAAUCAUGACAAUACAACAACAGUGAAGUCUUUUAUCCAUUCACCAGUUCGAACUCCUGACUGUGAAACAGAUAUGAAUGUUACACGGAGGCAACAAAGGAUGAUCAAAAAUCGUGAAUCUGCCUUCCAGUCUAGAAGAAAAAAGAAGGAAUACAUGCAGGGUUUGGAAAUGCGUCUGAGAUCAGCCUUAUCUGAGAAUGAGCGGCUCAAGACAGAAAAUGGCUCUUUGCAUAAACUGUUGGAAGAGGUUGUAUCAGAGAAUCAUAAACUUAAAGUGACUGCUCCAAAGAGGAGAGCUGUCUGCCUGAUGAUGGUGGCUGUAUUUUUAAUGAUGAAUUUCAACCCACUUAGUGUUUUAGAAUCCACUUCUGGGGAAUUUGACAUGGAGGUCAGGACUGUUAAUCAUAAUAGACGCCUGCUAGAGUUUUCACCUGGCAAAAUCAAUGUGAAAGACAAGGAUGCCCCACAAAGUGAUUUCAGUUCUCGACAUUUCAUGUCAACUGAAAAGGCAUUGAUGGUUGUGAAGGAGGAGCCAUUACUUUACAUUCCGUCUCCUCCUCCUUGUCGACCCCAUAUCAACCAAACUGAAACCCUUCGGUUAAACCAAGAACUCCGUGUCUGGGUCCACAGACAUGAAGCUGAGAGAACAAAGACCAGGCGAACAAUUAGUACCCAUAAACCUCAAGCUAUACAGAAGCAAGAUGGCAAAGGUGAUGAAUCGCAACUUGUAACAAUGCAAUACACAGAUACAAGUGUAAAGAACUCAAAUGAGCUGCAGAUUUAUUACUCUUCACCAAGGAGCUACCAAGACUUUUUGGAAGCCAUCCGCAGGAGGGGCGACACGUUUUAUAUUGUGUCUUUCCGAAGGGACCAUUUGCUGUUGCCAGCCACCAACAGAAAUAAGACCACCAGGCCAAAAAUGUCAAUAAUUUUGCCAUCUAUGAAUGUAAAUGAAAAUGUGAUUAAUGGUCAAGAAUAUGAAGUGAUGAUGCAAAUCGACUGUGAAGUAAUGGACACCAAAAUUUUACAUGUUAAAUCUGCAUCCAUUCCUCCAUUCCUUCGAGAACAGAGAGAGAACCAAACCAAGUCAUUUUACAGCUCUGCCUCAUCAAGCUCAGAACAAACCCAUGUCCUUGGAACCAUCAGUGAAUCUCCUCUCUGAUUGCUGAAAAGUCCAUGUACUCAGUAUUUUUAUCUAUGUUAGCAAUAAUUAUAACAGUAAGCCCAGGUUCACACUGGGCUGCGGGAGUGAAGCUGUGCGAGUUUAGCUGAACUCGCACGAUUUCACUCCCGGG